GGGGCGCACGCACGCUCAUUAAUGAGGACGUGUGAGCAGGACGAGGAACUUUGUGGAUGGUGAUUGUGGUCCGUCAUGGAAGAGCUGUAAAUGGAAAAACUGGGACUCAAGGAGUGCAUCUUCAUUCAAUGGUUAAGUUUAACAGGCUUGGACAGCUUUUUAACAAGGAAAAGGCCCUUCGUGAUCAGUGGAUGGACGGCUUUUUCAAGUUUGAAGAUGUCAGGAACCUGGACCAUCACUGGUGUGUUCGACGUAUGCAAGAAUCUUGAGAAAAAUAGACCGCUUGUUUUCCUUGAGAAGCUUUGCCAUGGCAAACCGGCGAGCACAAUCUUUGAUGACCUUCUUUCUUCCCCGCAAAAACUGUUAUCAUAUCUGGUUUCUCACAUGAUGUAGCUUGCGCGCACAAACACAGAUUUCAAUGCGAUCUUCUCAAUUCUUCUCCA